UUGAUCGUGAAAGAGAGGUAAUCUGAAAACGAGGAGUUUUGAAAAAAUGUAGAAGUUAUUCAAAGGAAAUAAUGAGAACGUAGUUCAUUCUCCAAUAGAUUUACGUCAUCUUUGAUACAAAAAUGGUUACAGACCGGAGUUUUUUUUGAAGUUUAACUGACGUCUCAAACUCUAACAUUUCGCUAAAAAAUGAAAUCGGAAUGUGAUCAAAGCAAUUCAGCUGGAAAAAAUCCCAAAAUCUUUCAAUUUCAAAAAAAAUUUCAGCGUCAAUUCCAUGACAACAAUUAUAUGACUAUAUUUCAAGGAGGAGUUGCACAAACUAAAACUCCUCCUUUUUUGAUUAAUAAGUGUUCAAAAAAUAUAUAUUAUUUCUCGAAAAACAAUUUUUCAGAAAAAUAAUACCGAAAUUGUAGUAUGGAAAUGGGAAAUUGUGGAUAUUUGAAUACGAAUAAGAAAAAAUACUUCUGUUUGAAAAAAAAAAACAGGACUUUCUUGAAGAAAACGUAUUCCAGGUGAAAUUUUAUAUUUUGAUUUUCAUAGUCAAUAAAAAAUAAUUGAAUUAUAAAAAUUGAAACGUGUGUAUAAUACUUUUGAGGUUUUGAGAUUUAAAAAAUAGUUUAGAUCUGAAUAAAAAAUCAUUUCACAUAUUCCCCAUCAAUUUCUGAUAUUUUUCCAGAACAAAACAAAUCAAAUCGUCUUUCCGAUGUUCAUAUAAAAACCGAAUCAAAGCUUUGCUUCAUAUUUUCUAUCUCAAAAGAUGGCUAAAUUCAUUGCUCUCCUCCUUCUUCUCAUCUCAAUUAUUUCUGGAUUUUCUCAAGAUCUCAAAGCCUGCACCUGUCAUCAGGAUUGUCGAUCCGAUUUCGGCGAAUUAUGCAUCAUUUUUGCUGAGAAAAAUGGGGCAACAUUUUGCACGAUUCCUGCCAAAGGAAAAUAAUUUUCUGCGUGAAAAAAAAUGAAAUCAUUUCAAUUUUUCGAAAAUGUUGAAAAUAUCAGCUAUUCUUCUCGCUUGUUUCAUUUUAUUGAUCGUAGGAAUGCCAAUGCGUGGCGAUGAAUGCAGUUCGAAUUCGGAUUGUCCAGAAGGUGAAAGAUGUUUUUGGAUGGCUGGAGAAUAUAAGGGAUACUGUGUAUUGAAGAAAACUUGA